CCUUCGCCUUCGCCUCAAGUCACACGACGCCAUCAAUCACCAUCUACACCUCUAGAGAGCUAAUUAAGCUAAGGAAAGAGAAAAAUGGCGCCGGCGAAGGUGUACGGGCCGGCGAUGUCGACGAACGUGAUGCGCAUCCUGGUGUGCCUGGAGGAGGUCGGCGCCGAGUACGAGGUCGUGCCCGUCGACAUGUCCACCGGCGAGCACAAGCGCCCGCCUCAUAUCUCCCGUAACCCCUUUGGGCAGGUUCCAGCGUUCGAGGAUGGCGACCUGACUCUGUUCGAGUCCCGCGCAAUUUCAAAGUACAUACUUCGCAAACAUGGAUCUGACCUACUAAGGGAGAGCAACCUCUCUGAGUCUGCAAUGGUGGAUGUUUGGCUGGAAGUCGAGUCGAGCCAUUUCGACGGCGCGAUGUCGCCGAUCAUCUUCCAGUGCUUCAUCGUCCCCAUGUUCAUGGGUGGAGCAACUGACAUUGGAGUGGUCAAUGAGAGCUUAGAGAAGCUGAAGAAAGCCCUUGAAGUCUACGAGGCGCAGCUGUCCAAAUCCAAGUACUUAGCCGGGGAUUUCAUUAGCUUGGCAGAUAUCAGCCAUUUCCCGACGGUUUAUUACCUGCUGGCAUCUGCCCAUGCUUCUGUGCUCGAAGCCUAUCCGCGUGUGAAGGCUUGGAUCGAUGAUGUGAUGCAGAGGCCGAGCGUGAAGAAGGUGACAGAGGCUCUGAAGAUGCCGUCUGCUUAAUAAAAACUGAAGCUAUACAGUUUGUAGUAAUGAACUCAAUUUCAGCGUUGCGUGACAUGAUGCAGCAGUUUGCAUCAUCUGUAUGACUAUAUUCGUCUAGAAAAAACGUGUUGUUUGUUCAUUAAUAAGCAGUGUAGCGCCUAUAUUUAUGAGAUGCAUGCACAUUAUCUUCAAUAAAUUUAUAUGGUAUUGAACUUUUCACUACA